CUUCCUCACUGAAAAAUGGCUACCUUCUUCCAGAGGCUCUCCAAGGCGGCGCCGAUCGCCUUCAGCAGCUCGUUCCGAGGCCAAUCGAAGCCCAGCUUUCGUAUUCCCUUCGGAGCUGUCGCAGCCGUCUCCGGCGGAAUCUCCUACCUCUGCUACUAUUCCUCGCCGGAUUUGGCUUAUCUAGACGAAGUCAAAGAACAAGCUGGCCCAAAAGUUGCACUUAAUCCAGAUAAGUGGAUUGAAUUUAAGUUGCAAGAUACUGCAAGGGUUAGCCACAAUACGCAAUUGUUCAGGUUUACAUUUGAUCCAACUGCUAAGUUGGGUUUAGAUGUUGCUUCAUGUCUCAUUACGAGGGCUCCAUUAGGACAAGAUGCUGAAGGGAAACCAAAAUAUGUCAUACGCCCGUAUACUCCUAUUUCAGAUCCAGAUUCCAAGGGAUACUUUGACUUGUUAAUUAAGGUGUAUCCAGAAGGAAAAAUGAGUCAACAUUUCGCAAGCUUAAAACCAGGCGAUGUAGUUGAAGUGAAGGGGCCCAUUGAAAAACUUAGAUAUACUCCCAACAUGAAGAAACAUAUAGGCAUGAUUGCUGGUGGUUCGGGUAUUACUCCAAUGCUUCAGGUUAUUGAGGCCAUACUGAAAAAUCCUGAUGACACGACUCAGGUGUCGCUUCUUUAUGCAAACGUCUCCCCAGAUGACAUACUGCUUAAACAGAAACUUGACAUACUUGCAGCUAGCCACCCAAAUCUAAAGGUAUUUUACACGGUAGAUAAUCCAACAAAGAGUUGGAAAGGGGGAAAAGGUUACAUAUCAAAGGACAUUGCAGUUAAAGGCUUACCUGCUCCUGGUGAAGAUACUCUCAUCCUGGUGUGUGGUCCUCCUGGGAUGAUGAAACAUAUAUCUGGUGACAAGGCCAAAGACUGGUCUCAAGGAGAGCUCACUGGCAUACUAAAAGAACUUGGAUACACUGAAGAAAUGGUUUACAAAUUUUGAUUCAUCGAGGACGAUUUAGCUUUUAAGAAGCAAUCACUGGGCUUUAAUUCAAGUUUUGUACAAUAAAAUGUGUUCUUAGGAAGCAUACCUAACUCGAACUCAAAUUCGAAAACUUUUAUUCAAUAAAUUUGGGAAGAAUACUGAAUA